AUGACCGCGUUGGAUGAGGACUGGGAAGAGUGGACGCCUGAGAAAGGCUCGUUUGUGCACCAUAUGGUGGCUGGUUCAGCUGCUGGCGUCGCUGAGCACGUGUCGAUCUUCCCAAUUGAUACCGUCAAAACACACAUGCAGUGCCAACGCUGCACGGGGAUUGGCCGCCCGCUCACACUGACCGCCACUCAGACAGCGCGGCAGCUCGUGGCUGAAGAAGGACCCCUCCGGCUCUUUCGGGGCGUCAGUACAAUGCUGGGUGCGAGUUUACCGGCCCAUGCCGUGUACUUUUCCGUCUUUGAAGCAGCAAAGAAGGCGCUGAAUGCAGACACCAGUACAUUGACGCCCAUGGCUUCUGGCUUGGCGGGAGUGAUUGCGACGGUCUGCCACGACUCGAUCAUGACGCCGAUGGAUGUGGUCAAGCAGCGUCUGCAAUUGGGAUAUUAUCGAGGUGUUGCCGAUUGUUUCCAGACGGUUAUGAAGCACGAAGGCUUGCGAGCGCUGUAUAUUAGCUUCCCCACGACACUGUUGAUGAAUUUACCAUACAGCAUGAUUAUGGUGUCGGCAAACGAGACGUUCAAGAAGAUUUUGAACCCAUCGGGAGAAAUGAAUGUCUCGGCUUACAUUGCAUCUGGUGCUGCGGCUGGAGCACUUGCUGGAGGGUUGACGAACCCACUGGAUGUAGCCAAGACCCGGCUGCAGACUCAGUCCAUGAUGACCACUGAUGAAGCUUCGGUAGGGAACUUCAUCUCGCGCAUAAAGUCGACUUCUUUGUCGCCUCGGUUCUCGAGAACAGAGCUUCAGCUCCAGACACGCAGCGUAUCUAUAACGACUCCUUCUUCGUGCUCCAUUAACAGCCGCCUAGGGACGGAUCAGACAGGGCCAGUAUUGUGUCGUCAGUAUGGCGGUCUCAUGGACGCUCUCAUUCAGAUUAGGACGCAGGAGGGCUUUGCAGGCUUCUUUCGGGGGGUCUACCCACGUCUGCUAGUGCAUGCACCUUCCGUGGCGGUGUCGUGGACGACAUUUGAAGUGUUGAAAAAGACGCUCGAUCGGAUGGGUGCUGGCGAUGACUAG